UUUUUUUUAAAAAAAACAAAGUGUUUGUACAUGAUUUCUAAGUGCUUAUACUUGCAAUUUUUAUGAUUUCCAUUUUCUCUUUAGUUUCUAGUAAUAUCAGCCUUAACUUUCUUUUAAUGAAUAUCAGUAGCAGAAAGUAUACUGAUACAGCUCCAUCUACACCCUCAAUAAAUGACAAGUAUCAAACAGAAAUCAAGGAGCUAGCUAGGACACUGAAGAAAGAAACUUUAAUCUGAGUGAAAAGGCAGAGAUAUUACCAGGAACAAAAAAGGAGUACUACCUUUUGUUCAGAAGAUAUCCCUUAGGGAGCUGUUUUCUCCCUCAAUUAUGAGGGACAUUAUAUGAUGAUUACAAGAGAAGUCAACAAGCAGGAGGGCAAUCCAGACGACGAUGGCAAUAAAAGCACUCCGAAUAACAAGGCUUCGUCGUCUAACUCAACAACAUCAUGGACAAGGUUAAAAGAUCCAAGAAUCGUUCGUGUCUCACGAGCAUUUGGAGGAAAAGAUAGGCACAGCAAGGUUUGCACUGUAAGAGGGCUAAGAGAUCGUCGCGUAAGGCUUUCAGUUCCCACUGCUAUUCAAUUAUAUGAUCUUCAAGACAGAUUAGGGCUUAAUCAACCAAGUAAAGUUGUUGAUUGGUUGCUUAAUGCAGCUAAGCAUGAAAUCGACGAAUUGCCCCCGUUGCAAAUUCCUCCUGGAAAUUUGAACCCUAAUCUUUAUCCUAUGUUAGGAAUUGGGGGUUCUCAAAUUAAUAAAGAGGGUCUUAAGAGCAAUAGCAACCUCAAUUGGGAUAAUGUUCCAAUGGAACCAUCUAAUAAUAAUGCCUAUUCUAAUUUCCUGAAAUGGGAUCCUUCAAAUUUAUCCCUAGCUCAUUCAGAAAAUUCUCAUCAUCGUCAUGGGGCUAAUUCAGUAUCUCAUCAACAUGAUCAAGAUAUUCACAACUUCAACUUAAUGUCUAGUAUGCCAUUAGGUUCACAAGUUGUUGUUUAUCCACCAGGAUUGCCCCAAUUUUUCCAUCAACAUAAUAUUGCGGGAGCAUCGUCGUCAGAGUUUGAUCCGAAAGAAAUCAACUUUCAAAUGUUGAAUUCCAGUUCAGAAAAUUCCUUUAGACAUUCUAUUGACUCCGCAAGCCAAUCUAUAAGACCUUUCCAUUUUCUACCUUCUCAAAACAGUGAGGGAAGAGAGCCCUCCAAUUAAGAUCAUUGUUGAUCCUCUCUGUUGAGUGUGCAGCUCUUAAUAACAGCUAAAUAUUUUAGAUGAAGUGUCAUCAUAGACUUCAACAUGAUACCAGAGCAGAUAUAUAUCAUAUCAGUAUUGUCGAUCAGGUGGAGUGAUUGUGCUAUAUUAUUCAUGACCAAAUGUUUCAUGCCAUGAAUUAGAUUCAUUAAGCUGCUGGCUAGCUAUUCAACUUUCAAAAUCAGAGCAGGUCAUCAAUCGGUAUGUGCCUUGGUGACUCAAUAAUUCGAUACUGAUAUAAUAUGUAUAACAACACAUGUAUGUUUUUUAAUCUUUUGCUCAUAAUUAUUCCUAUAUAUGGGUUCUAUAGCUAGAAAACUCAUGAUUGGAUAUUAAUUGUUUGAGAUCACUUAUUGCAUCGAUGUAAACCAGGUUAAAAAAUGUAUUAUUAUCCUAUAUAAGGUAAGAGGCAAUAUAUAUCUUUUUGGCAUCA